ACAUAAUAAACCACAGCCACCGCCACAACCACAACCACCACUACCAGAACCCUCUCUCUGCCGGCAUACAUGGCGCCUUCAAAACUAACGGAAUACGAGAAGAAGCGACUCGAAAACAUUCGUAGGAAUGACGAAAUGAUGGCCGCCCUCAAGAUUCACUCCACCGCCUCUCAACUCUCUGCCGCUACCAAACGCCAAAGAGUUGGAGCAUCCAAAUCCUAUAAAUUGAGCCCAGAGAAGAAAAAAGCCAAAUCCGAGUCUCCGAUUGUUAUUCGGCGGUCGCUACGUACAAGAGGAAUGCCGCCUGAUUCAGGAGGUUUAGAUGGGUUUUCUGUUGAGACCCCCGAUAGAACUCCCAAGUCAAUCAGUCCACAAAAGCCUUCGCCGCGUGUUAUGGGACCGCUUAGUACGAGGGAUGCCUACAGCGGAGAAGGUUCUGAUCGAGCUCUAAUAGACACGAUUCUGUCUCUUGAAAAGAAACCCCAGUUGGGUGUUCCAAUUAAAAAGGAACUUGAUAGAGGUGAGGUUGUAAAGAUGGAGCAAAGUGAUGGAAUUUUGCAUGAUUCGGUUAAGGGUGUGGUUAAAGAUUUGCAUUUGGACUGUGAUAUUAAGAUAGAGAAAAAGGAAACUGAGAGUUGUGUUGAUUUCUGGUCAAUGAACUUGAAAACGGAGAAUAUUGCAAGACUUGUGCCAGGGAGGAUAAUGGCAGUGAGAUUUUUUCCUUGCAAUGAUGUGAGGAUGGUUGUGGCAGGGAACAAAUUCGGUAACGUUGCUUUUUGGAAUAUGGAUAGUAAAGGGGAGGAAGGGGAUGGGAUAUUUUUGUAUCACCACCACACUGGGCCCAUUUCAGGGAUUUUGUUUCAGCAAUCUUGUUUGUCCAAGAUCUACACCAGCUGCUAUGAUGGCUUUCUUCGGUUGAUGAAUGCUGAGAAGGAAGUAUUUGAUCUGGUAUACUCCAGUGAUGAUGCUAUAUUUUCACUCUCCCAACAACCAAAUAAUGUGCAUAGCUUAUAUUUUGGUGAAGGUCGUGGUGGAGGAUUGAAUAGCUGGGAUGAGAGGACAGGAAGAUUUUCUUCCCAGUGGAUUCUGCAUGCAGACAGAAUCAAUUCCAUAGAUUUCAAUUCUCAGAACCCUAACAUUAUGGCCACUAGUUCCACGGAUGGGACUGCUUGUCUCUGGGAUUUGAGAAGUGUGAAUGCAGAUAAACCCAAAAGUUUGAAGAUACUAAACCAUAAUAGGGCUGUGCAUUCUGCUUACUUCUCACCUUCUGGAAGCUUCCUAGCAACAACAAGCGCUGACAACUCUGUUGGUGUACUAGGUGGUGUUAAUUUUGAGGAUUCUUCUAUGAUAUACCAUAAUAAUCAAACAGGCAGAUGGCUUUCUUCUUUCAGAGGAAUAUGGGGUUGGGAUGAUUCAUCUAUCUUCAUUGGCAAUAUGAAACGAGGAGUAGAUGUUAUCUCUCCCUCACAAAGAAGAACAAUUUUAACUCUACAGAGUCCAGACAUGUCUGCUAUUCCAUGCAGAUUUGACGCACACCCUUGCAAGGUUGGAAUGUUAGCAGGAGCAACCAGUGGAGGCCAGGUUUACGUCUGGACUUCAAGCUAGGAGUUAGUUACUUUGUCUAUGGGUCUCAAUUACUUUGUAUGCUGUAGUGUAAAUGCAUCGAGGGCAGCAAGUUAAACUGAUGCAAAUGACCAUACGCAACUUUGUCAUGGUUGAGUCACUACACUGUCCUAGCAUCCAACGCUUUUCUCUAUUGGUUUUAUGCUCCAAAUUCCAAAUGGUCAUUAGACAUUCUCCAGAUAUUGACUAAAACAUAGUGCGAGUUUGGAUUUCUA